AUGCCAUAUCAUCCACAAACUAGCGGGCAAGUGGAAGUUUUAAACAGUGAUUUAAAAAGAAUCUUGGAGAAAAACAUUCAGAAUAGAAGAGACUGGGCAGAACACUUGGAUGAUGCUCUCUACGCAUAUAGAACUGCAUAUAAGACUCCUAUUGGGACCACUCCAUACAUAUUAGUCUAUGGAAAAGCCUGCCACUUACCUGUUGAACUUGAACACAAAGCUUAUUGGGCUGUUAAAUUUCUAAAUCUUGAUUCCACUCCUGUAAGUGAGAAGAGGAAGCUUCAACUGAACGAAUUAGAUGAAUGCCGUGCCAUGGCAUACGAAAAUUCCAAACUCUACAAAGAAAGGGUGAAGGAGUACCAUGGAAUGCCGAACAUUAAGAAAUUUGCCUCCAAACUUCCAAGAAGCAUCAUGCCAACUCCGAAGAACCCCACAUUAAGCUUGCUCGUCAUAAAGCACAGUAUGAAGUUUUGA